ACAUGGCAAGGCUGAGAUUCCCAGAAUAACGAUGGAAACUGGAGGCCUAAGGGCAGAUAAGGAUACAGAAUCAUGCUAUGCUGAUGGCCUUGGCAACCUCUCCAGCAAAACUGAUUCGCAGGUCUUCGAUCUUGUAAUAGAUCCCUUGACAGAUUUUAAGGGAGAAGAGAUCCUCAAUUUUUCAAGUUCUCCACAAGAAUCCUACAACCUGAUCCUGCCUGAGAAGAGACAAGAGUCCCCAGAUGCUAGCCUAAGUACCCCCGACUCCGAAUCGACUGAAAUUAGCUCGAGCCUAUCUCAAAACGAAGACAAGCAGAAAGGCCUCUUUCCUCUUUCAAGCCCCCUGCCAUCGAGUCAGAAUCUACUUGAUGGUUUGAUUGACUCACAUCUUUGGACCAGUGACGUGAGCUUAGCUAAUGAUAGUUUCGGCGACGGGGCUAGUGGUACUAGUAAAGGUGUUGGAGGCAGUAGUAAUCCACGGCGGCUGGUAGUUGCCGAGGUCCAUCGCUUUGGGUGUCAUCCACCAUGUGCUGGAUCCCCCCAUGACCUGGCCUCCUGUCCUGUAGCAGCCGCCUCUGUCACGCAUGAUGCUUGUCAGUAUCAAGAUUGUAACCCAAAGCUAAGACAAAACACCAAAAAUGAGGCAGAUCCUUUGAAGGUGCUGAGUGAGGCAUCAUCUGCUUUGGCUCUCACGGAAACACUGAUAGGUCCUCUUAGGAUCCCCCCAGUGUCACAGGAAGUCCUAGAUCAAGUUCUGUGCACCAUGGAGAAAAAGACGAUAAAGCAGGUAUCUGCUGCAAAUGGAGGUUCUCCUGUGGUUAAUGCAGUUACAGAGAAGACUAGUGUUUUGCAUCCAUAUAGCUUCCCUGAACCAGUUAACACAAAAGAUAUUCACACAGGGAAGUUGUUAGGCUCACUGCAAUCUGUUCUCCAACCCAAAGUGCAUCAGCUUUCCACCACUAAGUUGCAGUCAUUUAAUCCAGCUGGGAAUGGUCACCCUGAUGAUGUCCUCAUGAAGAACAUAACAUCUGCAGAUGUUCAAGCCGGAGUGACAGAACCUUUAAGACAGAACAGUGUUGUAUCACUGCCAGAGGAACAGAGAUCGGAACAGCUGGUUAGAAAGAACAGUCGAGUUAUUACUGUUCCUGUUGGUAUGAGUGAUCAUGGACCAGUUGAAGUUUACCGAGAAGUGCAUCAGUAUCCAGCAGGUGUUAUCACAACUACAGUAGAAAAACGAUCAUACAUUGGGCAGAGCGAGUCAGAACACCGUCCCCCCUCAGGGCCUGCAAAGCGAAAGUGCCGUUCAAGGAAACUGAAGCAGAAGCGUGCUGACCAUCAUGCCUCCCAAUCCUCUGUAGCCAGUGGAUCUUCAGCUGGUACAUCAGUGGCAAGUGGAAGUACACUCAUUUCUCAAAGCAGUUCUGAGCUCACACCUAUCUCACGUAGUCAAGCCUCAUCAUCAAAAACCAGUCUCAAUGAUGCAAGAAGUGAUGCAGCAGGACCUAUAACAAGACCAGUACUCUCUGCAGCAAUUAUGCAGAUGCGGCAGGCUUUAGAACAUGUAUCAAAUGCCUCUGACAAUCACUCGGACAAAUCUAGUGGUGGAGCAGAACUUUCUUCAAACUUUUCAGACACCUCAUCCAAUUUAUCAACAUUAUCUGAUCUGAGUGGGUAUGAGGAUGAGUAUAUUAGGAUUAAACGCCUUGUGUCAGAUGCUGUGAUACCUCCAGAUGACUAUAAAAAACUUGUAAGUAAAGCAAACAGUAAAUCAGCCACAUCAAAACCGGUGCCAGUUGUAGAUUAUGAAAAGAUUAUUAGGGAUCUUCAAGCACAGAAAGAGGAUUUAGAGAUACAACUUCACAGAUUAUCCAUCCAAGUCCAAAAUGCAGUAAGAGAAAAAGAACUGUAUCAGCAACAACUUGAGCUGAUGCAGACGAAAAUAACUGAGACAAACCAGAAACAAUAUUUUGAGGUAUUAAAACAAAGAGCAAAUUUAGAGGGACAGUUGGAAAUGCUGAAACAAGAACUUGAAAAUACUGUGUAUGAGAAGAAUCAGUUGCAGUCCAAAAUAUCUGAGGCUGUGAAGGAAUCUGAAGCCAGUAAAGAUGCAGCUACUACUGCAAAGGAUGCAGAAUCAAAGAUGAGUGCAAGAUUACAAAAGUAUGAAGAUGCUAAUAAGAACCUGGAGGAGAAUCUCAGAAAUGCAGAAGAGAAGAUUCAGAGAAUAUCUAAGGAUUAUGAGAACUCACAGUCACUAAUCAAAGAUCACAUUUCAAAGAAUGAGCAAUUAGAGAUGAGAAUAAGCCAGUUUAUGGAUGCAGAAACCAACAUGAAAGCUGAGUUAGAUGGUCUGAAGGCUCGGUUAUCACAGGUCCAAGAGGACUGUGAGGUCAAAACAAAGGCACAAAUCCAGGCAGAAACUGCUGCUAAUAAAUCUGCAAUGGAACUGCAAAAAUCCAAUGCUUCCAGCCUUUGGUAUCAGGAACAGUUACAGAUCGCACAAGCUGCAAGAGCAAAACUACAGCAAGAUCUUUUGGAUACAAAGUCAAGCUUAGCCAAAAUUACAUCAGAGAAAGAUACAUUAGAGAUAACAGUACAAACCAUGAAGCGGGAGGCAGAGGAUGGGCAAGCAAGAGCAGUACGAGAGAAAGCCUCUCUGGUUGCGCACCUUGAAGCUCUUCAGGCUGACAUGGCAGAGCGUGAGGCACUUGUCUCUCAGCUGGAGCGGGAUCGUGGCAGUGACACAAAACUUAUGGAAGACAGAAGACAGAGACUAGAGCAGGAUAGGCAGCGAAUACAUAAACUUCGAUUAGAUCUUGCUGAUACUGAGAGGCAGCUUGACUUCGUCAAAGAUGACCUAAGGCAUAAGUGUAGCUUAUUAACAAGAUAUGAAAAUGAAUUGAAGGAUUUAAGGACAUCUGAAGCUGUUAAUCAGGAAGUUCUUGGUGAAAGAGACAUUCGCAUAUCAAAUCUUGAGCAAACUGUGGAUGAACUAAAGUCUUCUUUAAGCAAACAUCAAGAGGAAGGUAAGACCAAAGAUGCAUCAAUAAAUAUGCUGAAGGAAGAAAAACUAAAGCUUGAGGUGAGACUUGCAGCAGCAAGUAAUGAGAAGAAAGAAGUAGAUGAUGCUAUUAUCAAAGUAAGAGAGGACAUGACAAAGCUUUCCUCGAGCUUCUAUAGAAUGAAGCAUGAUCUGGCAGCUAAGGACCGACAGAUUGAAGUACACAAGAAAGAGGCAGAGGAACUCUUGAAAGCAAGAACACAAAUAGAGAAAAAAUAUGAAGCUUUAGAAAAGAAGACCAUUGAAGAUGAAGAGAAAAAGAAACUUGUGAAGGAGAUGAGUGAACUUAAACAAGAAAUAAAAGAAUUGUCAUCAGCCAGAGAAAAAGCUGAAUCAGAGCAAGUUGGGCUGAAACAAGUUCUGAAAUCUCUAGAAAUAGAGAAAAAGGGUUUGGGUGAGGCUGUUCGAUUGCGGGAGGAGCAGAUCCAAAAUAUGCAGGGAAGUGUAGAAAACUAUAGAGAAGCUAUCCUUAAGAAGGAUGAGGAACUGUAUGUAGCUCAUGAACAAAACUCGUCCCUCGAGAAGACCUACAUAGAGUUACGCAGACAGUGGGAAGCGUUGAAGGAAGAGACGUUGGCCCUAAGACAAGACUCAGAAGCAUAUAUGGAACAUGAAAAGCUGCAGAAGAGAGAAAAAGCGGAACUUAAGGAGAGCAUACAGAAAGAAAGGAAGUUAAAACAGAAUAUGGAAAGGAAGAUUGAGAGUCUAGUUAAGUUGCAUGAGGAAGAAAAGGCAAAAAUUUUGUCAGAGAAGCAAAGUAAUGAAAAAUUAGUUGCUGAAUUGACUAAGGCACUCCAAAUUGAAAAGGAUGAAAGAAGCAAGGUAACUGAAAAGAAAGAAGUUAUUGAGCAAACACACAGUGCAUUGUUAAAAGAACUUCAGUUGUUAAAGGAAGAAAAGAGUCAGUUACAAGGUAAACUAAAUGAAGAAAUAAAAGAAUUAGAUAAAUUCACUAGGUCUCAUAAGGAAAAGGAGGACAUUAUAACCUCCUUAAAGACACAGUUAGAUACCAUCUCUAAAACCCACCAGGACACUAAGAAAAACCUUGUACAUUUGCAGGAGGAGAAAGACCUAAGUGUCAGAGAGCUGACGAGUAAGUUACAGAUGAAAAUAGGAGAACUGGAUACUAUGAAGAAGACCCAUAGUGAUGCACAGUCACUGAUAUCAAGAAUAAAUCAGGAGAAAAAUAGAUUAAAUGAACAAGUCACUCAGCUCCUUGCUGAGAACAAUCACCUGAAGAAAACACCUAUUGUAAAUGCAACUUUAGUGAAGGACUCUGCAGCUGCAAAUGAAAACAAGGAAGGAGGCAAAAAGAAAGGUGGAAAAAAUAUAGAUAAUCUACAAAGAGAAAUCUUGGUAUUGCAAACCAAGGUUCGUGAGAGUGACACAAAGCUGAAGGAAGUCUUGAAACAAAAGGAAGGUUUAGAAUCUACCAUGAAAAACACCAAGAAAGAAAGCUUAUUAAUGCGAGCAAAAAUGAAAGAGUUUGAGUCUCUAAAAUCAAAAUGCAAGGAGUUGGAAGCUUGUAAAGAGAAGCUGAAAGACUAUGAAGCCUUUAACCUGAAGCUUAAAGAUUUAGAAACAAAAAUAGAGAAUCAGGAGAAAGAUAUAACCACCCUGAAUUCUUCCUUGAAUGAAACAUCUGGUCAAAACAGCAUUCUAAAAGAAAGAGAAGAUGAGCUCUGCUUAAGGAUAGAUAGCUUGAAUAAAGAAAAAGAAGAUCUGCAGCAAAAGAUUUCUAAUCUUGAGGAACUUAACCAGCAGUCUCAUGAGAAUAUUAUGCAGUAUCAAGUACAACUAAAGCAUGCAGAAGCAGAGAAAGAGGAGUGGAUGGCCAAAUUUGAAAGCUUAAGAGAUUGUAUUCCUGAACGAGACACAAGCACCCAACCAGCAGUGCAGUUAGGGUUCUCAGGGAGGGGAAGUAGUGCUGACCAGACAUUUAGUAAAAGCCAGGAGAGACUUGGCAUGUCAGGGAUGGACCAUGAUAGUACUCAAGGCUUGGUACCAGGAACACCCAUGAACAACCUUGGUUACCUUUGUGAAUCGCCACAUGCAACAGUGACAAAUGGCGCACAGUUUGACAAAACCAUGGCAGAUUUGCAGGCUCAGGUAAAUUUAACAUCGAAAGCUUUGCAAGACAAGGAGGAGCAGAUUCAGAACCUUCAACACAGACUGAGCAUUUAUAAAGAAGAAGAAGCGAGAGCUCCUUGCCUCAGUUCCUCAUCAGUUAACUCUCAGGUAGCAGUUGAAUCUGUGUUGGAGGAUUCAGUUCCAGAAUCAGUUUAUAAGAAAAAGAUUCAUGACCUCCUUCAAAAGAUAGAACAACUGCGGGUGUCAGGAGAGACUGAAGUUUGUGAUAGCAACUCUGGAAAAAGUGCAGAAACCAACAGUUCAGAAAUACAAAUGAUGACAGCUAAAGUCAAAAGCAUGGAGUGUGAAGCUGAAUCCAAAAAUAGUGAGUUAGAGGAAGUUAAAACAAAAAUGGGAGUUAUGACUAAAGAGUUCCAGGAAAAGCAAAGACGAUAUGAGUCAAAUGUCCGACUCUUAACCAGGAAGCUAAAAGAACACAUGAAGGGACGCAAGUCAGCAGAGAAGGAGAUGCAGACACAGGCUGAAGACCACCAACGUAUUCUGAAUGAGGAGCAACAAAGAUAUUCUGUGCUGAGGUGCAGAUACAUAGAGCUUGAGGGUCGUAGUGAGGCAUUGGAGGGUCAAGUGGCCAGUCUAGAGAGCGAGGUGGAAGAAGUACGCGGAGCUCUGGAGAGGUCUCGUGAGGAGGCCUAUGAUCAUCACAACAAUACCUUGCAGCUUCAGAAGGAGAUUGGCAGACUUCAGGAACUUGGAAAGACUUCAGACAACCUACGGCAAGAAGUCCUGAGCCUCAAAGAAACCAUUGCCCAGAGGGACCAACAGCUUAAGAAAAUGGAGCUGGAAUUGAGAUUAGGCCAAGAAGAGCUCCAGAAGGCCCAUUCCUCCUCAAGUACUGUCAGUGAGAAGAUGGCAACAAAGGAGAAGGAGUUAGAUGAUGUCAGGCUUUUGAAGGAGCAGUUAGAGAUUGAGAUCCAAACCUUGAAUCAGACGCUGAAGACAAAGGAACAAGAUCUCUCAGGUGCAGAAGCACGCAUAACAGAAUUGGAAAGUAAAAAUGCCCAGCUUCAAAACAGUGUGAAGGAAAUUGAUAGCAGAACACAACAGAUAUCAUCAGAAAUGCAGAAAGUGAAAGAGGAAAAGCUUUUGUUAACUAAUGAACUGCAGAACACAAAGACUCAGCUCCAAGACUCGGUAGCCAAAAUUGCUGCAUUUGAAAGCCAGAUCAUGGUGGUGGAAGGCCAACUAAAGGCAAGCUCUGAGGAAGUGAAUCAGGUCAAAGAACAGCUGGAUGCUAAAGUUGCCUCACACCAAAUGACAGUAGAGCAAUUGGAGCAGAGUGUUGCUCGUUCCAGGCAGGAGGUUGCAGCUCUUACUGCUCAGCUCAGCCAAGUGCAACGGGAAAGAGUCAGCUAUCAGACGCAAGCGAUGGAAUUGCGUACAGCCUUACACACAGCUCUAGGGCAACUCAAAAUACAAAAAGCAGAGAGAGAAGCCCAGGAAGCCGAAGAAUCAACCAUCAGCUCGGAGGCGGGGGUGAUUCCUUCCCCCUCCCCUCUUGACCUUACGUCACUCACUCAGCUGAUGGAAAGAUCUGCCCGUCCGCCCCGAUCCACAUUGCCGCUCACUAGUCUAGAGACCUGCCUUUCCUCCCUCAAGCAGGAAGUGGCUAUACUUCAGACACAGUUACAUAACAAACAAGAAGCUUUAGCUAGAGAAUCCAUGCUGGAUACAGCAGAUGACCCCGUUGAAGAAGGCAAAGAACCAGUCCCAGUGCAGAAACCAGUAGAUGAUACUAACCAGUCCACAGUACAGGAUAUAUAGAAGCUAGCUGUGCUUGAUAGUUGUGCUAGGAAAUUAUAGUAGCACAUGGUGCAGGGAUAUUUUAAUUGGUCUGUGAUAAUAGAGGUCAUGAUAUUCAGUUUUUAGAGCAGUUAUUCAAGUUAGAAUAGGAGGUGCUCUUCAAUGUGAAUAUGAUAGUCUCUUACUUUUCAUGAUUUCUGUUGUUGAUAUUGAAAAUUAUAUAGACAUAUAUGGUUGUUAUAGUGUGCUGCAUAUUGUGGUGCAAACUGGAGUUUUUAUUUGAUGAUUACAUGAUAACUGUUGGUUGAAUAUGCAUAUAAUUCAAUACAUUCAAGUUUAAUUUUGACCAUUUCAAUGUAAGUAUAGGUUGAUUUUACUUAUAUGAUAUUUGGUUGAAACCUAUCUACAUAAAAGAAUAUAUACAUUAAAUAUUUAUUCAUACAUACUAAUUGGGUAGUAUGUAAAGAAAUCAUAACUAUUACUUUAACAAACUUUUAUUCUAAGCAAAAGACAAACCAAGUAUCUAUUUUGGAAUGCAAUAGUUUUAUCCUCAAUUGGGUGUGUAUAAAAAAGGUUGUCUGCAGAUUACUGUAUAAGGUUUUAAAAGUUUAUGUUAUAUAUUGAUGAAAGUAGAUUCUUGUCUCCCUAGAAGUUAUGUUUGUAGAUGAUUAAUGUAAUUCCUUCUGCCAAUUUUACCUUUAUUUCCCAUAGCUUUGAAUUUAUGAUUGUCUUUUUCUCUGACUUGUGCUCAAUGGAAAAAAUGGAAAUGAAAAUCAAAGCUUUAUGAAAAAAAAAAUGGAAUAUGGAAAAGUGUGAGAGACUGAAUGAUGCUGUGCUCACAUACACAUGUCAUUGUGUGACCAUGAAUUCCAUAUUGCAAUGAUUGUGAUAGAAUUAUGCCAAAUGUAUGUUGUAUUGUCUUCCCUGAGGUACCUGGAACAGGGAAUGAUGGUGAAAGUUGAUAGUUUAACAUUUGUAUUCUUAUCUAUAUUGGUUGUUACUAUUCUUCUGCUUAUUAUUAUUAUUACUAUUAAUUAUUUUUAUUAUUAUUAUUAU